AUGUCAGGACCAGUUCUAUAUUCUAAAUUCGACUCCAAGAAUGCUCAUCUAGCGUCGGUGAUACUAUCUUUAGACACACACCAAGUACAAGUCAAAUCAGUGAACCCUUCACAGGCAUCGCUCAAUACAUCAUUCAAUCUUGAUAAAUCCAACAGAAUUUCCAAUUUAACUUGGAUUUUUACCUCCCCGGACUCGGUCGAGCUCUUGGCAUUAUGUUUGGAUAAUGGAGGUAUAUUGAUAUAUUCCCCACACACAAAUGAAGUUAUAUCAGAACUAACCACAUUGACUAAUGUUGCAGUUUCAGAUUUUCAUUACUCCAAGGUGACCAAAACCGCGUGGUCUUGUGAUGUCCAAGGAGGUAUUUAUGAAUGGGAUAUUAUACUGUAUCAAAUGUUACGUUCAUUUAAGAUAAGUGAAAUUGCCGAGUCAGUCGAAUCAAUAAAUAGAGUAUCUAGUUGCGUGUACAACUCAGAACCUCAUUUGUUACUAGCUUCCAAUUCCAUUUAUUUGCUCAACAUCAAAACUAGAGAAAUUACCCGAACCUUUCCAGGACACAUUCAACCCAUCAACAGUAUCAUUCCCCUUAAAGAUGACAUGUUCAUUACAAGUGCCAGAGGUGAUCGAUUUAUGAAUUUAUAUGAGUUGAAAAAGACCACAACAAAGGCUAUAUUUGUUGCACAGGCCGCUGUUUUGAGUUUAACAAUUGGAUCAAACUCAAACGAGUCAGUGUUGGCAGCAAUAGUAGAGAAUGGAAGUGUGGAAGUAUUCAAUGGACCACUCUCAGAUGCUAACUUUCCAGCAGUCGCUCCAUCGAGAAAGAAGAGAAAGCAAAUUGGCGCAAUUACCCAUUCGUCAAAUUCCACUGUCAGGUUGUCAAGGUCUCCAGCGGAAAGCAAGAAUCCCCAAGAUGCAAAUCUCAUUAUAAAUGCAAUCAGUAUUCAAGAUGAUUCGUUAUUAUUCACAUGGGUGGAAAGCGGUACAAUUCCUUUCUUUGAUUCAGUAAAAUGGACAGAGUCGGGGAACUAUUUACUUGAUACAAACAAGACAAUUAUCAAAGACAAAGCCGACUUGAAACCAACACAAAGUUCCUCUGUAUACGGUCAUGAUGUAGCAGCAUCCAAACUUUACAACGAGAGCCAUGCCGUGGUCAAUGAUGGAAUAAGCUUGGGAAAUUUGGAGGAUGAAUCUGAUGAAGAGACAUUGGCCGAAAAGUUUGAUAAACUAGCAAUGAAUAAGCAACAACCACAACGUAAAAAGAAGUUGGAGGAAAACAGAAAUGGAAUGUCAUUGUCAAUAAUUUUAUCACAAGCUCUUCAAAAUAAUGACCACUCGUUGUUGGAAACGGUGUUACAAACACGUGAUCCUCAAUCAAUUAAAAAUACUAUCAGCAGGUUAAACCCAUAUUCCUCAGUGAUUUUAUUGGAUAGAUUGAGCGAAAGAAUUCAGCGUCAAUCUUCAAGGUUCACUCAAUUGAACUAUUGGCUCAAGUGGAUUUUAGUUAUUCAUGGGUCUGUAAUUGCCAGCUUGCCAAAUUUGAAUCUGAAAUUGUAUUCUUUGCACUCGGUAUUGGCUAAGAAAGCUGAUACCUUACCUAGACUUCUUGAGUUACAAGGAAGAUUGAAUUUGUUAUAUGACCAAUCAUCUUUGAAACAAAAUUUAAGCAAGGAAUUAGCGGUGGAGAAAGGUGAUGAGGAUGUUGAGUAUAUUGAAGACCUUGAUGAUGCGCAGUUUAAUGGGGAAAUUGAUGUUGACAUAGAUGAACUUGAAACAAGUGAAGAGAGUGAUGUAGAGGUUGAAGAUGAUGACGACACCGACGAGCAAAUUGCAUCAAUCGAUGAUUUGGAAAAUGCAAGCGAUGUUGAGAUUUAG